CCCCCUUCUGGCUCUCCCUCUCCCUCCGCCUGGCGAAACCAACUCCAGAACCUUCAUUGCUUCUCCCAUGGAUAACUUCGCCUCCUACCCCUCCUAUCCCGACUCCGGCAACUCCUCCCCUCAGUCCCGGGAAAUCGACUGCGAGAACCAGUCAUGGGAUGAGCCUCCCUCCAAUAACAGCGCCAACUACAAGGUUAAGUUCAUGUGCAGUUACGGAGGUAAAAUCCAGCCACGCCCCCAUGAUAAUCUGCUCGCUUACAUCGGUGGUGACACCAAGAUCCUGUCCGUUGAUCGGAAUAUCAAGUUCUCCGCUAUGAUAGCCAAGCUGUCGGCUAUGUACGGUGGGGAGGCUGACGUUUGCUUCAAGUACCAGCUCCCCGGUGAGGAUCUGGACGCUUUGAUUACGGUGACGAAUGAUGAGGACCUCGAGCACAUGAUGUUGGAGUAUGACCGUCUGUAUCGUCAAUCGGCCAAGUUGGCGAGGUUGAGGCUGUUUCUGUUUCUGUUGAAUCCGUCUGUGGCUGCCGGGUUUGGAGGGGGCGAGCCGAAAUCGGAGCGGCAGUGGUUUGUUGACGCGCUGAAUACGGUGCAGGUUCAGAAUCUGGAAGGUUCUUUGCCUCCCGCAGCGGAGGCGUCAGCGUCGAAUCCGGAUUUUCUGUUUGGGUUGGAUAAAGUAAAAUUACCGGAUUCAGUGCCGCUGCCGGUUCCGACGAUUCCAGAGGUGGUUACAAAGGACGUGACAGCGGGAUCAGACUGCGGAUCUGAGGACCCGCAUCCAAUUGGAGAGUCGAUUGCUGCUAAUCAGGGAGAAAUGCAGAGGCAGAUCCAGGAGUUGCAGAGGCUGCAGAUUGCUGGUAAUUAUGAGCAGAGUGUUAUGCAGAGACAAAACGAUGAAUCAAACACCAGGGCCUACAACACUCAAGACUAUUACAAAGUUCCAGAGAAAGUGGCUCCAGCGCCGGCUCCGGGGUCUGUUCCGGUGCAAAUGCAGAUUCCAACUGCCUAUUAUCCUGAAAGGCACAUUGCAACUGCUGGUUAUCCAGUGACAGCAGCGGCACCCGGAACUGACCAGCCUGUCUUCCUCAUUCCAGCUUCUGCUACUGGGGUUUACACACCGGCGCCAACGCUGCGCCCGGUGACCGGACCAGCAGGUCAGCCGUACUACGGCAUGCAGAGGGUGGUCCAGGAGGUCUACCGGGAGCAACCUGUUUACAAUCCGGUGCCAUCUACAGCUGCAGUACAGCAGCCCAAGAUUGGAGCUUUUGCCGAGGGAAUCUCAAUGGUGCAGCCAAAAACUGGUGUUACCGAGCCCACUUAUGUCCAGGUGGGGUAUGACGGCGCCGGCAGACAGGUAUACUACACGACCCAAUAUCAAGGAGUCCCACCAGUGGCCACUGGCGGCGGUGCCCUGAAUCAAGACGGUAAGGUUGCUGUCAAUGGGAAACCUCCCCAAACUUCUGCAGUGUGAUUAAGUAAUUAGAUUAUAUUAAAUUCGUUUUGUCUAUUGAGUAAUGCUAGUAGUGCUAAAUAAGAAUGAAAGAUUCAUAUAGGUUUUGGUGAAUUGUUGGAUGUUUCUUAUGGAUUUAACAAUCUUUGAUGUGUAAAUGAUGACUGAGAUUGAAUUUGGUUGUAAAUUGGUUGGUAUUUUCUGAUUAGUUUAUUGCUAUUGGCAAGUCUCUCGGUGUUAAGGUUGUUGAAUCCUUAAACUGUGCUCAAAGUGGUAAAAGAAAAAUGUUUUUAUCAU